UGAUGGUCAAACUACCCUGACAAAGAUAAGACAUGUUUAGAAAUAAGUUUAUUUCACCACAAACCCAAUUCUUUAACCUAACUUCACUGUGGGUCUAUAUGCAGUGCACACCAUUGCCAUAAUUAGUGGCAGCCUCUUUCUUCUAGGUCAUAUACCCUGUAGUCUCUUUGGUAUCUAGGCCUGUGAUCCAAUAGUGUCCUUUUACUUUAGAACCCUAACUACUCAGAAGUCUCUUUUGUGUUCACUCUUGCCCAUGUUGGUUGCUGUUGUUGACAAACUGUUUCCAGCAAUCACUUAUUGUAUAGGCCUAUUUGACCCUGGAGGAGAAAAUAGUGUCUCAUUGGUUGGUACAUCCUAAGACAGCACUCCAGGACAACCCACAGGCAAUACUGCUCUUCAGUUUAGGGUUAUGCCUGGUGCGCAGUACAGGAGAAUUUCUGUUUUAUUGUUUUUGCAGAUUUCAGGUGUUGGCCAGCAUCUUGCAGGUGCAGGUGUGGGAAAAUAUCAAGUAGACAGGGAAUUUUAUUCUCUUGAGAUGUGUCCAUUUCAUAUAUGACAAAGGGAGAUAGAGAGGGAGUUAGUCUAAGAUGUUUGUGACAGAUAGAAGGUCAUAGAAAGUUGUUCUGAAUAAUAAGGGAUUCCCUUAAAUAUUGCAGGUGGUUGAGGUGAAAACAAUAAAGGAAUGUAAGGCAUAGCAUAUCCUAAAAAUUUCCUCUUUGCUUCGUUAAAAAGAUUAGGUUAGUGAUGAUACACCUCUCCCCAAAAUACAAGAGAUAUCCAGACCAUAAGGAAAGGAAAUUUCAUAAUAUCAUAAAACUCUUACCCAAGGAAAAUGGACUGAUCUAUUGUAAACCACCUGCAGUGUGUGGAAAUUUAAACUACUAUUUGGGGACUUUCAGUGAGGAAGCAGCAAAAGUUCAUUGGAAACUGGUAGUUAAACAAAAUCUUCAGCAUGAGGUCAGAGAUUAUGCUUCACAGCCAAAGUCUUAUGGUUUCCUUUUCAUUAGGUGUGCAAAUAUUUCUCAUGCCGAAGAAGACCUUGGGCAGCCUCAGUAUGAUGAAGCUUAUGUAGAACAAAGUCUGAUACAUCAUACACAGUUAUUUUUAUUUCCUCCCAGCAUUGGGAAAGCUGAGAGCAUUCCGAAGAAAAAUAUAAAUGUCAAUUUGCUGAUGGUUGACUCUGUAUCACGAGCUCAUUUUUAUAGAUCUCUUCCAAAUACUGUAAAGUUUCUGGAAGAAUUAAGUGAAAGCUCAGCAGUAAAAGUCUUAGACUUCCAGUUAUUCCAGGCUGUAAAGCAAAGAACAUUUGAAAGUCUUCAAGCUCUUUUUUCAGGCUAUGUAAAUACAUCAGAGGUGCCUUUUGGAAUGUAUGAUAUACCAAGGGCACCAUUGCCUGUUAAUAAGUUAUUUGGAAGAUUUAAAAAGAAAGGAUAUAGAACACUUUGGUUGGAAGAUUUGUGUUGGAAUUGGGAAUGGGGUCUUGUGAAAGAUUUAAAAGUAAUGAACGCCACUAUUGAAGAUGUUGCUCUUUGGAAAAAUUUUAGAAAGGCACUUGGUCUUGCAAAUAUUGAUAGUGUUGACCUUACUCUGUCUAGUUGUGAAAUUCUGUCAGCAAAUGGAAAAAAAGAUCCCUUUCGUAAUUUGCCUGUUGUGUGCUAUAAUGGCCGUCAUCACCAUGAAUACAUCCUUGAGUACCUGCAGCUGUAUCACCUGUCAAUGCAUAAAUCUGGUAGCCCUUUCAUAUCAUACACUACAACAAGUGUUUCACAUGAUGAAUCAGGAAUUCGAGUGCAAGCCUUAGAUGAUCCAUUAAUGAAAUAUUUAAAGUUUGUAGCUGAAUUAGAGGAUACCAUAACUAUUUUAUUUUCAGACCAUGGAAAUACUUACGGGAAGUUUAUAGAAUCAAGUCCAGAAGCUUAUGCUGAAUCUUUUAACCCUAUGCUCUUUAUGAUUAUACCUAAAUCUGUUCAAAAUACCCUGGGUGAUGUUCCCAUGCGAAUUUUGAAGGACAAUGAAAAACAGUUAGUAAGUCUUAUAGAUUUACAUUAUAUGUUAAUAGAAAUAAUUGAUGAAAAAGUGGAUACUAAUCUGGAUCCGGCCUUUGAGAAACAUUAUGUUAUUCCGGGGGGCUUGUUAAGUAGUAUACCUCAGACUAGAAAUUGCCAAGAUGUCCCCUUAUUGCAGCCAAAUCUCUGUAUAUGUAAAGAUUAUGAAACUAUAGUAAAGCCAACAGCUAUUCACAUGGCACUUGCUGAUUAUGGGGUUGGUAUUUUAAACAAUUUGAUUUUAUCACAACACAGGAAAGAUGGCAAAAGUGGAUUCGGUAACUGCUUACCGAUGAAAGCUGUUGAAAUAAGAAAGGCUUUUGAAGUACACACUGCUGCAGAUUUGGUGAUUUAUAAGCUUGAUCUUCUUGUACAGAAUUCUGGAAAUGGAACAAGUAAAGAUAUAUUUUUUCUUUCCUUUGAAGCAGGACGUAAAAAACCUGGCUUAAGACUAAUUUCUUAUGAGCGAUUUAGUGUUUAUGGGAUGUAUGACAAGUGCAAAGAUAGGAAUGUAGAACUUAAGCUCUGUGUUUGUAAUUUAGAAAAAGCCAAGUACAAAAGUAGUUUGUUAAGUUCAUUAAUUUUUGGUAAUCUUUUACCAGACUUGUCUUUUUUUAACAGAAACAGAGAUAUCUCAGAUCAGAACCUAAUCCAGUUUCUGAUAAGUCCAGUAUUUGGUACAAAACCAGAAAUUGACUUUUCAUAUCCUAAGGAUAGUCCAUGUAUGUAUACAGUUAUUUGUAGAUACAAGUCGGGUAUUACACUUAAGGCUCUAAAUUUUUGUUCUGAGUUUCACAAAGUGGAAAUAAGAGUGAAUGCAAAGAAUGUACUACUGUCAAGUGAAAGGCAUUCAAAUUUCAUCCUGUACCCAAGAGAUGUUAAGGUAUUAAUGGCAGGUAUUGUAGCAAAUCCAAAAAUUGAAUGGCAUUGGGAUCACAGUGUUCAAAUUUAUUAGAGAAAAUAUUUAUUUGUAUAUCUGUAUUGUGAACCUUAUGAAUAUUUAUUUUGUGUAUGUAAGAUAUCUAUUUUAAUUUUCUUGUUACAACACAAAGUUUUCAAGGUUAAUGGUGACAUUAACCAGUGAUAUGACAUUAACCAUAUCACUGAACAAAACUCUUACAUAGUUAAAAUCAAACUCAUACCUCAUAAAUAUUUUUCAGCAAAUUAAGAUGACUUUAGUACUAGCUGCAAAACAAGAUUGACCGUAUUUGCACCAAAGUAGAAUCAGGGUGUUUUCUAUAGCAAAGUAUCUUAUAUUUUACUGAACCUAACUUGAAUACUCUGGUUGCACAUACUCUUCAUUAUUCUACUACCUAGCUGGUGGUCUAUAUCUGUUGCUUUUAGAAUUCUUGUUACCCAAAAUAACAGAUACUAUUUAAUUUUUUUACAUUUUUCAUUAUUCAUAUCCAUUGUCUGAAUUUAUUUGUGUUCAGUGUAUUACCAUAUCCCUGUCAGGUACACGAUUCAUUAUCUUCUGUAGUGUUCCAUUAUCAAGAUAUUUCUGUUGAAUCUUUUAAAUUUGUUGGUAGAUGAAGCACCGUUAAAAAUUAAUUUUUUUGUCAAAAGAAAAUGUAAACUUUUAAUUUUUUGUACAAAUCCAGAAAUUUAAGUGGCAUUUUGUUUACCACAAAAUGUUAUGCAAACAAACUUUCUCCAAAGGAAGAAGAGUGCUUGCACUGUGAGGUUUGGUAUGAUCCUAGUUGAUAUUGUUGACCUUUGAUAAUUGGAAUGAGUUUGUAUAAGAGAAAAAGAUUUUCUUUGUUUGAAGGAAAAACUGUUCGUUUAGUAAUAAACCCAUAACUUGUACAGGUAGUAGCAAAUCUCAGUUCAGUGAGAAGGAUUAGAGUUGUCAAUUCCUAGACAAGCAAAAUGGGAUACUGUGACCUAAAUAGUACAAGAGAUAAAAGAUAGGAAACGUGUACAACACUUUGAGAGUUUGAAACACAUACAAAGAAGGUAAGUUUGUCAUGUACUGUAUGGUUCUUAGUGUAUAUGUUAAACUUUUGUAUGAUAAUAACUUACAUGGGUAAAUAAUUCAUCCUGUAUGUAUGACAAGAUCAAAUAUAGUUGUAGACUAGAAGAUUAUAUUAUAAAAAUAUGUUAUAGAAUGAAGGAAGGGAAUGAAAGGUAGUUGAUGAUUAUUUCACUUACCUUAAAUUCCUCCCCCCCUCCUGACACACUCCUGCCCACACCCCAUCCCAAAAGAAGGGGCCUUUUGGUCCAUGGCUACAACAGGCCCCAAGGUGUCUCCAGCUACUUAUGCAUUAUAUUUCCAAAUUUAAAAAUCAGAAAUGUCAUUGGACAUCUUCAGGAACCUGCCAUUAAAAUAGUAUUACAUCCAGUUGUCUUUUAAAAAUGAACAAAAUUGAUCGAUCUUUUAUCAUGUGAACACUGACUCUGCUUGAGAUACUUUUCCAUGUGCCACAUUGUCAUAGGCUCUAAAAACAACUCUUCUGAGCCUGUAAGAGAUUGUAUUUUGUGUCUUGUUUAUAGUUCCUGGUUCUUUAAAGGUACAUCUGUAUGGCUUUAGUUAGACAAGAAACAGUAUUGCUGUUUUGAGUUUAAUUUUUAAAUGACAGUAUGGUAAAAUGUGCUGUUGUACAAUCAUCAAUCUUGUGAGUUAUAUCUUCACAACAAAGACACCUGCAAAGGUGGGCGAACAGAAUUCCAGCAUUUUGUAUUAGUAGUCCUAAUUGAUAAGGCACUCACUCACACACCACAAAGAUGCAACAGCAAGAGGUUUUCUUCAUGUAAAUUGAGAACAGUGGCAUUUCCUAAGUUUUGUGUGGUGGUCUUGCUUUACUUUUCAGGAUGAGGGACAAGUCCCAAUUUGAUGGUUUGAUAAUACUUUUGGGUAGAUGUUUCAAGGAUUGUUGACACAUUUUAAGUCUUAAGGAGGUAGAAACUAUCCUCCAUGUCUGAAAAAUUUGGUUAAGGACAGUCCUGUAACCUCUUAAUGACUGAUACUACUGUGAAGUCCUUCUGUGUCAUGAUGGGAAUAGUGGCAUGGAUUACUUUAAUGUCACUUCCAGUGCACAGUGCCAGUUACAAAGAACCCCGAUUAUGGCUUGCACAACCACAAUAUGAAUUUUUUACAUGGUCUAGUGAUUCUCUUGUCCUCACUCUCAGAAAAUAUUUUUCUUUUACUGUUCAAUAUCCCCCAGGCAUGACAAUCCACCAUUUGUAAGUUCAUACAAAAACUAUUGAAAUGCAUUUGUCUCAGGAUGGCCCCUACUAAGGCAUUAUGUUAAAGCACUGUGUUUCUGGAGCACAAGCCUUUGGAUAAUUUCCUCCAUGGUCAUGGGUCUAUUUGAAAAUACUUGUCAGAUUAUGAAAGGUUUCUGACACUGUGGCCCCUUUCUGUCCAAAAUAAGUACUUGAUACCGUGUCUUGGACAAAUUUUGUUCUAUCCUGUCCAACAUGUAUUGCUCAGGUAUCCAAGACAGGAAAAUUAGGUAAAAUUCAAACUAAUUUUUCACAGUGCUCACAUGAGGACAAAUACCUGCUGCUUGAAAAUACAAAAAAUAGGCUACCCAACCCUUUGUGGAGGCCUUUGAAAGAGAAAAACUGUGGCGCUAGGAAGAAUUAAUUCUACUCUGAAGGUGUUAGUGUCUUUGAAACUCUGGCUGUGCUGCUUGUAUGCUGACCUAACUGAGGCAUCUGAGUUGCUUUUUCUUUUUUGGUGGAUGACAAGUAUGGGAGUUGUGCUGGUGCAUGAUUAUACUGUGUAAAAGUAGUGGGUUUGUGGUAAAACAGUCUUGUAAAAGUAAUGAGUUUGUGGUAAAACAAAGGCCGUUUAUUUGUCCAUUAGUCAUUCAAAGACUAGAAUGUCUCUAUAGAAUUUAUGGUAUUUAUGUAGUCUUGUUGUUAGACAUUGAUGGUUAAGAUUACUUGAAUGAGUUUGUGAGAAUUUUCUUGAAUUUAUGGAGAUUGAGUAGUAGCUACAACAUAUAGGUAAAAGAUAGUGAAGAUAGGAUGUGUGUAAGCGCACUUUUUAUUAAAACUUGUAAAAUCCUAAUAAAAAAUGUGCUUUAAAAACUUAUGAUAUCUUUGUUUUACAGAAAACCCUUGUUCAUUAUGUAAUAGAGCUUUAAUGUCCAGUAGUUUUGCUUUACUUUUGUGAAAUUUUGGUGCUUACUGUUCUCUUAGUUACAUAUAAAUACUAGUUGUUUUUAAUGAGAGUACAAUUAAAUAAUUCUAGUCAUUAUUUUUAAAUGUUCUAUUUUUUAUUACUUGGAAUGUAUUGCCUUAUAAGCAUCAAGUGAUUUUUUUUCUUCUCAUUUCCUAUAUCCAUGCCUUCUAAUCCAAGCCAUUCUUGAGCAACAUUUUGGGAUAUUUUUUGUGUGUCUGUCAGUGCUCUUUCCAUCCCUUUGUUGUACUCAAAUUUUUGGUUGUAUGUAUCACUUUUAGUUGACAUUACAUGCAUUUUCUAUGCACAAUUGUGUGUGAUAUCUUGCAGUAUGUUUACAAUUUUAAUUUGUCAUCUGAAUCCUUGAAAAGACUAUUCACCAAAUUCUACCUUACCUUAAUACUUUUAUCCUGCAUUUAUGCUUUGCUUUUCAGCUGUAGAGUUGAAUAAGAAAGCAGUCUGAGAAGGGAUUAACAAUCUUUGUGGACCAUCACUUAUUCUUGUUUUUAAGUCUUAACCCUUACCUUAUGAUAGAGUUGCAAAACAGUAAUUCAUCUUCAUAUUCAAGUCAGAUCUCUUUGUAAGUAUUUUUGAGUCUGCAAAAAACUCUGGAAUUUGAUUCAUUCUCUAUUUCACUUCUUCUCACACCAAAUCCCUUCAUAAAGGGAACUGCUCUUUUUUGGGUGAUAUAACCUACCCUUCCAAACCCUUCUGCCAAAAUGUUAAAUGUAUUCAUGGGUGUAUAGGGAAUCAUGCUUUUUUGUUCUGUUAUCAGUUUAAUCUUUCUUUGUCCGAAUACUGAUACAGGCAGUCCCCAGUUAUUGGUGAUCAGGUUGUGUGGCACAUGUCUAGUGUUAAAAAUUGGCAGUUUUUGGUGCCAAAAUGCGCCGAUUUCCGUUUAUUGACACUGAUAUUGUGAAUGUUCUGAUAAUUUUUUCUCUGUGCUUCUUGGCACCUGCUUUGCCUGCUUCCAUUAUUUGAACCUGAAUUUUAAUUCAAAAUUUAGUAAAAUAUGAACAUCAUUCCAUUUCUAUUUUUUGCUAUAGUUUAUUCAUUUUCUCUUAAAGGUUACAAUAAAUGACAUUUUUACCAUAUUAAUUUUGCUGUAGUUAUCUGGACACAUUCUCACUCAUGCUUACCUUCCCUUAUUCCAAUAUUUAUCUUCAAAGCAAAUAUAUUCUUGUAAGAGGAACCAAUAUGAUUUUAAUUUGUUACUACAGACCCAUGGAUCCUUAAUAGCCUUACUGUGCAGAAUGCACCUAGACACUAAUUUGAAAUAUUGAAAAAAUGCCCACUGUGUGUGCUGCAGCCAACUUCAUUGUGUAUGCAUGCCAUGAAUUUUUUUAUUUGACUGUGCCCCUCUUUAGUAAAACAUGAUUUUAUUCUUCCCAUUACUACCAAGUGUUUUCAGCUGUUUUUGUGCUAUGUCAUUCGUUGCUUACAAUUUUUAAUUACUCUUUCACCUCUACUUCUCAGGCUCGUAUUAGCCAUCAACUAAGUGUUGUCUAGGCAUUAUCUAGUGUAGUGCCAAUUCUGAUUCCUGCACUUUUGCAGAAAUGUUUAAUUUUUCUGUGUGGUUUUCAGUAAGUUAAGUUCAGCGAAUUAAGUGAAUUUCAGUCAUUUGAUUUCAUUCUGUAGGAUUUUGUUGUCUUUAUGUUCCUGUGAUUUUAGUUUGGGUUUUUCACUUUUCAAUGAAUUGGGCUGUGUUGUGGAUCUUAUUGGGGUUUUAUUUUCUCAGUAGUAUUUGUUUUACAUUUGCCCCCACAACAAUAAAAAUUAUCUGUGGUCUGUCCUUCCUUUCUCAAGCAGUUAAGUGUUACUGUAUUCAUGACUUGGAGGUAAGUGCCUUGUGCUGUUAAAUGGCAUUUAUUGUGUAUUGAUUAUGCCACUGCAUACUUUUGUAAGGAAGAUAGGCAGUUCCAAUACUACCUUCAUGUUGUUUUUGGGAGCUCCCAUUUCUAGUGGCCUUCUUGUGUGAGCCAACAGCACACUCCUAACCUAACUUAUGCAGUGUGUACAUUCAGUGCUGCGCCCUGGUGUGCUCUGUCAUGGACAUGAAGACUGCUUCUGGCUCCUUAUGGGUGUUUCAUCAGAAGUAUACCUGGUUGAGCCAGUGCUGGUUUGCCUAGUGCAUAGAUACUCCCUGGAUUUCUGCUUGGCUUGUGGCAUCGUGUAGUACUUGCACGGCAGUGCUCUUAACCCUGCCCUCUACUAGUUUGGGCAUUGCCAAACAGGCUUCAGCAUCUUCAUUCCAAUCCAAGGAUGAGAAGGCGAAAUUUCAGGCAUUUCUGGUGUCAGAAGAAAAAGCACUGACUUUCCUUUCUCUCACCAUGAGCGCCAGUUUGUGGGUGCCUUUGUCUGGAGAAACAACUUUGUUUUUCCCCUUUUUUCAAGAGAAGUUCUGUGGAAAGUACUGUAGUCGCACACUAUGGAACAAUGGAGGCAGUAGUUGAGAGAAGGAGAUUGGGAUCUUGUGACUCAGAUUCAUUGUGCAGUUUCCUUCAAACACCAUGAGUUCAAGGAUAACUGGCUGAAACCUCAGGUGUAGCCUAGCUUCUGUGUGGGGUUGGGGGGAAGCCAGCUUCUCUUAAACCCAGACCAGUAGCCCAGUCAUCCUCCUUGAGAAAGAAUGGAGAGUCCCCCAAGCCUUAUGCCUAUCUCUUGUAGCCACAGCCAGAAAAGGAGGAAAUAGGAAGAGGGAGGGAAUGUGAUGCUGAGGCUGGGAGUCCUCAUCUCCAUUCAUGAAUAAAGUCAUGCCUUUGGAAUGAAUCCCAUACAUCAUUAGGGACUUUUGCCCACCCCUUACUUGAGAACUGGUGCAGUUUCAGAUGUAUCUUUGAAAGCUGUUGCACUGUCAGUGGAAGUGAAGAGUAUGAUGGAGGAAGAUGGAAGGGAAGUUGUAGAUGACCAGUCUCCAGCUUUUAUAGUUGUCUCCUCCUUAUUGAGAAGAUGACUGGUGGCUGGAGGUUGAUGUCAAUCUCUCAGUGUUGAACAAGUUUGCUUUGCAGGCUUGUUUCAGCAUGGAAACAGCACAGUCAGUGUUGUAUUGCAUCAAAGAGGGCGACUUCAUACUUUUGGUAGAUCUGAGGAAAAAAUUUCAAAAACCCAUUCAUGAGAUCUCUUGGAAGUACCUCUUCUUCUGCAGUGGGACUGUAUACCAUUUCAAAGAACUGUUUAGGGCUGGCAAUGGCCACACAGGUGUUUACGUGGGUGCUCACCUUGGUAUCGUUUGGGCUAUGGAGGGAUGUUUCCUGCUUUAUUUAAAUGAUUCAUUGGUUCUGGCAUCCUCUGAGAUGCAGUUGCUCUGGAACAGGGAUCAUCUGUAUUUCUUUAGCCAUGAACUGGGGAUCAUGAUAAACUGGGAGAAGUUGGAUCUAAUACUACCCAAGCAGCUAAGUAAAAGGGCAUGCUCACAGACUAGGGUAUUCCUCCACUCAACCCCUUAACCACCAAUUGCUUACCGUUUUGCCAAGGUUUAGCUCACAUUGAGAAAUACUGUUACAUAAAAGACUGAUUUGUAUACCAAGGAAAAAUUAUAGUUAUAAUUUUUUUUUUACUUUAACCGUUUAUUGCCUAUUUAAUGUUAAGAGCAGGUAUGUGGUCAGUAACAUGGCCAAAGAACUUAAUGGUUACCAACUGUUCAUGAGUAAUAUUUGUAGUAUUUUUUAAUGUUUCAUUUAAUUCUUAUUGUUUCUGGGUCUUAAUAAAAUAAAUUUUAUCUCA